AUGGCCUCGCCCAGCUCAGAGAAGGCCGAGCCUCGCCCUGCGGCCACCCGAAUAUCAUCCUUCCCGAGUCAUCGGCGCGACGAUGGCGGCGAUACAUUGAAGCCUCCCAGGCGCGCCCAGACCAGCCAAAUGAGCUCCCCGCUAGACAGACCACCGACAGACAACCAGAGUCCGAGUGCCUUUGAGGGCGCCGACGACAGCGAUCCCGAGGAUGGCAUAGAGAUCACGAGGGCUUCAAUUGAGCUGGAUGUGCUCCCCAUUGAACUGGUCUCCAUGACCGACAGCUUCAUCGAGUCGCUGAACGCAAAGGUCCACUCGCAACCGCCAAACAUCGACAAGCUUUCGCAGCUAUUUCAAGACUUUUAUGCGCAGGCUUCGUCGCACAUCAAUACCCAUAUCAAUACCCUAGCGACGAUGCGCAGCCGCGAAGCCUCCCCAUCGCCGUCUGCCACAUCUCUAUCAUCCGCCGCUAGCCGACUGCGGAGCAAAGCGUCGGCGUUGAACGUCAAAGAGAAGCCACGGUCCGAAGCAGAGCAGCAAAUGAUCACGGCCGAAGAACUGGCUAGCAAAAAGAAGGCCCGCAAAGCGCUGGAAGUGAAACGGCGCAUGCUAGAGGAAGCUGUGGAGAGGAGACUGUGUGAAGGCAUAUACGCCCGGAUAUACCGACACAAAAGCACGCAAGACGAGGCGCAAGACGACAAACUCCGGUCAAAAACAGCGGCGUUGUCGCUGGUAGGAAUAGGGCCAGCAGAUCUGGGCAUCGACCUAGGGGACCGCAAGGCUGAAUCGCUUGAGGCACCCGAGAAGCAGACUGACGAGAUUCGCGCAAAGCUGGAGCAGGCGAGGAAAGACAUUGCGCGGAUGCACAAGUCUCGGUACCCCCUGGGCAAGCUCAACAGCCUCAAGGCAGCCCACCGGAGCAUCGUCGAUACCAUUGCCCACUUUCACCCUUCGGCGUCGGCUGACGAGAUCAUGCCGAUGCUGAUCUUCACGCUGAUCACCAUGGCCCCCGAGGACCUGCACGUCAUCAGCGAUGCGCGCUUUGUACAAAACUUCCGCUGGGAGUCCAAACUUGCUGGCGAGGAUGCGUACUGCAUCACCAACCUGGAGGCGGCGAUAAGUUUCUUGCAGAACGUCGACCUAGCGACGCUGCGCUCGGACGAAUUACCCUCCGGACCGCCCAAGGGGCACCCAGGGACACCCAAAACCGAGACGUUUCCACCCGCGUACCAACAAGGACAAGUGCCCGGUGUCGAGUCUUCCAAGGAUGAUGCCAUACCAUCCAAGAACCCUGCCGGGCUCAAGUCAGCAAGCGAUCCCAGGAGCAGACGGCUGAGUGACCUCGUCAACACGCCGGCACAAGCCUUUGGCGCAGCGAGCGACGCAGUCUUUGCCACAGCAGAUCAAAGUCUCAAGACCGUCUCCUCCAGCCUCGACAACAGCUUCAAAUUUCUGCUCGGCAAGAUACGUGAGCAACAAGACAGCCCGCGCGAAUCAAUUGUGGUCCCUCGCACCCUGGACGAUGCGCGGAAGCUUGUCAGUACACCUCCACCCGAAGACGAGCCCAUCAUCAGCGGCGCUAGCUCGGCUGUCGAUGCGGAAGAGCGCAAGCAGCCACGCGAGGAUCGUGUGCUGAGCAUGCUGAGCGGACGCCGAGAUCGCAGCACCGACAGCGUUGUCAGCGGCCGCAGCGCCGGCUCAUCCAAGCCGUCGACACAACAGGGUGCCCAACCGCCCCCCGUGCUGGACCAGAUGCGAAAUCACAUUUCCAACUCGUUCAACCCCAUGGCGCGCUUUUCGAAUCAGAUUGGCAUGAUACGCUCAUUUGGGAGAAAUGUAUCGACACCCCCAGCGAUGGGCCAGAACGAGGCCACCAAAGUCGCUGACGGGGGUGAUCUGGGGACUGCUUUCCCUGACAUUGCAGCUGCUCUGCCGCCAAAACCAUCCUUGCCCAAGAUCUCGCCGCCAAACAAGCGAUUUAUGGAGUUGCAGAAUCCGGGGGACCUCAAGAUCGGCGAGGUGCUAGAACUGUUGAGAGACUAUCGUCGUCUCGCCGGUGCACUCAAUAAGAUGGGUGCCUUUGAAGAGAAAUGA